GCCACGACAGUCAGUACCACGUCGGCAACCGUACCGAACACUGGGCGCUCGUGCCGGUCGCGAGAACGUGCGAACACCGGUCGGACAUCGUUUCUUUCGUUCGUGAACCGCGUGCUCGUGACAAACAUUAGCGCCGCGGUUCCGUUCGCGCGAUUCGAACACGACGGACAGAGAGAUAAAAAAAAAGUUAGAAGAAAAACACGUGCGUUUUCCGCGCGGUUUUCCCGUGCACCGCCGUUGAUCCGCGUGCGCUGCAGUAGCGGCCGCGGCGGCCCGGCGUCGCACCGCGGAUGGAACCGCCACGGCCGUCGGCCACGGCCACCACGGGCAGACCGGCCGCCGCCUUCGUUUGCCUGCUCGCGCUGCUGCUGGCCCUGGCCUCCGACGUGUUCGGUCUAAAAGGCGUGCGUAUUUGGAAUCCGGAAGCUAUCCGAGUGGGCGAGUCGUUACGGCUGUCAUGCGACUACGAUUUAGACGGUGUGGCGCUGUACUCGAUAAAAUGGUACUUUGGCGAUCAAGAGUUUUACAGAUUCGUGCCGAAGGAAUCGCCGCCGACCAGGGUCUUUCUCCCGUUGUCUGGCGGAACAUCGGUCGAUAUGUCGGAGUCAGAUGAUCAUUCCGUCACGUUGACCAACUUGCCGCGUGACAUGUCCGGCCAUUACAAGUGCGAGGUGUCCACGGACGCUCCGCUGUUUCACACGCAGAUCAAAGAAUCGUACAUAACGAUAAUCGAAGAACCGCAGACGCCACCCUUGAUGAUUGCCGGGAAGCUCAAGUACAGCAAAGACGAAUCGGUCAGCAUCAACUGUACAUCAUACUCGGCGUUUCCCGCUACCAACCUCACGUGGUUCAUAAACGACAAAAAGGUGAACAAUUUGACCAAGUACAUCAAGACGGUAUCAUGGGCCGUUAACGAAACGGACGGGCUUCAGACCAGCAGAUCACGAUUAGAGACGAUUGCCCGGCCCGCGCUCUUUCCAGGCGGCCGCAUGACUGUCCGUUGCGAGUCCAAUCAGUUUCAGCUGUACAAAAAGUACUCGGUCAUCGAACUGACGGACGAUUCGCCCCGACUGGCCCAGAUGAUCAGCCCUACCACCGUGAUGAGAGCGGGUGGACCUCAAGCGAAUGCAGCCGACCGGUCCGUUACCAGAGCCGUUUUAGUCGUGUUGGUCACAUUUGUAACCGAUCGGAUAGCGCUGUCCUUGUCUAGAUAGCUUUAAGGUUCGCAGGACACGCAAUAGUCUCACAACCAUCUACGCGCUCCGACGCACUGUAAUUAUGUUCUAAUAAUAUACGCAGGUCGUAUUCGAUUUAUAAGUACUUUACGUGAACAAUAAACGUAUGUAUAAAUAAUUAUGUAUUUUAUAAGUUUGUGAAUUCGAUUGAAUAUAUAAUGUUAAGUGUACGAUUAUUAUUAAUAUUAUUAUAACUAAUGUUAUUAUUAAUGUUUGUGUGCCGGGAGAAGACAGAUUUGUGUUUCGGCCGCAAUUAAAAAAAAAAAAAAGUGUUAAAAACCCUGUGCCCAAACGACCGUAACGAUCUCGUUUUCCACAGUAAAAAAAAAAAAAAAAAAUCAAUAUAUUUCGUCGAUU